AUGAAAAUAAAAACGCUUUCAAGAUCUGCUGCAUUGCUGCAGGAGCCUGGCUCAAAUACGUCGAAACUUCCCCGAAAUCUUGAUCCCGCACAGCAUCCAUUCGAGAGAGCGCGGGAAUAUACGAGAGCACUCAAUGCCACGAAGCUAGAGCGUAUGUUUGCUGCUCCCUUUGUGGCUCAGCUUGGACAUGGACACGUUGAUGGCGUAUAUUGCCUAGCUAAAGACCCUGUGUCCUUGGAGCGUUUUGCUAGCGGAAGUGGUGAUGGCGUUAUCAAGGUUUGGGAUCUGGCUACUCGAGAUGAGAUAUGGCAUGCCGACGCACACGAGAAUAUUGUCAAGGGCAUGUGCUGGACGUCAGAUAGAAAACUGCUUUCAUGCGCAGCAGAUAAAACAAUCAAACUCUUCGAUCCUUACAACUCAGCAUCCGAUACCCCUCCGCUGGCGACAUAUUUUGGACAAUCCGCAUUUACAGGUGUUUCCCACCAUGAAACCCUUCCCUCAUUCGCCUCAUCUUCCUCCGUAAUAUCCGUAUACGACCUAUCCAGGCCGUCUUCCACACCUUCUCAAACCCUCCACUGGCCCACAAGUACCGACACAAUCACCUCCCUAGCCUUCAACCGAACAGAAACUUCAAUUCUUGGCUCGACAGCCACAGACCGGUCAAUUAUUAUGUAUGAUCUCCGAACUUCGUUACCAGUCACAAAGUUGAUCCUCAAGUUUGCCUCCAACGCAAUUUCCUGGAACCCGAUGGAAGCGUUUAAUUUCGCUGUCGCCAAUGAAGAUCAUAAUAUAUAUAUUUUCGAUAUGCGGAAAAUGGACCGGGCGUUGAAUGUGCUUAAAGACCAUGUUGCGGCUGUUAUGGAUGUAGAAUUCAGCCCGACAGGAGAAGGCUUAGUUAGUGCUUCGUAUGACCGUACUAUUCGAUUAUGGGACCGGAGUAAGGGUCAUUCCAGAGAUAUUUAUCACACGAAACGUAUGCAAAGAGUAUUCUCCGCAAAAUUCACACCAGACAACAAAUACGUCCUGUCUGGGUCAGACGAUGGCAACAUCCGUCUCUGGCGCGCAGAAGCAUCUUCGCGCAGUGGCAUUAAGAGCGCACGUGAGAGACAGAAACUUGCUUACGAUGAGGCUCUCAAGCAGCGGUAUGCUCAUAUGCCUGAGAUCCGCCGCAUUAAGCGUCAUCGCCAUCUUCCCAAGGCUAUUAAAAAGGCUGGCGAGAUUAAGGCAGAGGAGAUCGCUGCUAUAAAGAGGAGAGAGGAGAAUCUACGCAAGCACACUAAGAAGAAGGGAGAGAUGCCAAGGCGUAGCGAGAGAGAGAAGAUGAUUUUGGCUAAAGAGCAGUAA